AUGAAGAAGCAUCAACGAGAUGCUCGUAAGCACUUGUGCGCCGCCGCCGGUCUUACGCUCUCUGCGAUUGAUACCGAUCGCGUGAACUCCACUACUGAGUUCUGCGAUCUUCGCGACUGCUUCCUUGUCAGCUUGGGCGACGGACUAGUAUACUGGCCUGGAGGAGCUGAUCAGGGGGUGCUGACCCUUGCUGUCUGGCACGCUCGUCGACACGGCCAUAAUAACGUACGACUAUCUCAACUUGAGCGUUACGUCGAACAAGUAGAAGAGGAUAUGGUUGAACUAUAUGGUCCCCUUCCGCAGCCCAGUGCCCUUAGUCCCAUUCAGACUGACUGGUAUGCGCUGGAGCGGAUCUUUCCGCAGCAGACUUACGAUGCGACUCGGACUCAUGAUCCAACGUACGAUGUCGUCCGGAAGUGGUGGGCAGCGGGACGGUCACCACAGACUAACCCAAAAUCCACAGGGCCUCCCAGAGACCCUUAUGACGGCUCUCUGGACCCCUUUCAGCGCACAAUGCUCGGUACACCUAGCACAACAACGCCGGAGGACUGCUACGUGAACGCAAUUGCACCUACGGAGGAGCCCAUGGGGCAUCUGAACGAAAGCACCACAAACCUGGAUGUACAAGGACCAAUACUACGCCCAGAAAAGUACGAUACCCGCUUUGGCGAUACGAACACUCUGGGAAUUGAAGAAGAGAACGUUGGCUUCGAGAGAUGGAAGACAAGGUCCGGCGUCUCCGCCAUCGUCAACAGUCCACAGUACGACUCGAAAUACAAUCUUCGAUUCCCGCGCACGACGAACAAUCAGGCGAAGAUCAGCUCUAGCACUAAAACUGGUGGGUUGAUCCAGUCAAGCUAUGUGGCCUUGUAUCGCUGA